AUGCCCACCCUUCUCUCUUUACCAGCAGAACUCAUCGAGGAAACUGCGCUCUAUGUUGCUUGUUCGACGUUGGAAGGCCCGUCCGAAUUCCUAUUCGCCAUUAACAAUGUCUUUUUGUAUUCAAAUGCUAUCCACAGGUCGAUUUUCAAGAGGAGGAGGAAAUUUAGUCACAGCGCCGUAGCUAAGACGAUCGUUCGAGCCCACGUCGAAAGAAUAUUCGCCAGCUGCUUCAACUGUACGACGACAGUCUGCAGUUUUAUCGAGGAGCGACGGGGCCUCGAUGGGAAGGAACCUAAGAGGUCUCUCUGGGUGCUGACGUUCAUGUGUUUGGAUGACGACGGUGCCAACACCCUCCAGCUGAACACCGUCGGUGCGUACGAAUGGAUUCACGAACUCGUCACCAAGCGUUUGCAUGACGGUGCGAGUGAUAAUGGUGGAUGGCCGCUCGACAACUGCAGGAAUUCUUUGGCAUUAUGGGUGUUCUGGUCCCUGUCGACUAAAGAGCGAAUCCUAUCUGAACCAGAAGAUGUUUCUGACAGAAUUGUCAACUUGAUCCUUCCCUUCGUUACCAUCCCCUUCCGGUACCCCAUGGCCUUUGCACCUCCCAAUCACUUUACCCUCCCACUGGUUUCUCAGUCUGCCGACUUCUCCAAUGCAAAUACCAGUGCCCGUAUACCCUUCCGUACACGCCAAACCCACCUUCUCUCCGUUCUUACUCCCCAUGGCCCCUUCCCCAUCUACCGUUCUACGGACCCGAUUUGGCUCCAGGUGUACUUUACCAGGCGCAUAGAACGGCGGAAGUUGCUAUACUUUGCGAGGAGGGAGAGGUACGCGUUGGGCAUGAUGCCUACUCUUCCUAGAGAUCGCGCAGAUGCUAUACAGAGGGGAAUGACAGGCGCCACGCAGGCCGAUAUCAUCGAGAUCAAUCGGAAUCGAUUGGGUGGUCCCAACGGUAAGGACGGCGGCACGAAAUUGCCCGACAGCGUCACGAAUGUCGGUCCUGAUGGCAUUGAUGAACGGUCGCAAGCCAGCAGGCUGUACGAUGCAGACUGGUACCGGCUGCGGUUAUGUGGGAACGUCUGGGCUAACAGCCAUGGUGAUGACGAUGAAAUCUGGAGACGCGGAAAUGGGACUCGAAGGUUAAAGUUUCGACGCGGGGACGUGUAUACUCUCGGCUCGUUAACGGGAUUGUGGGCUGGACGUAUGCUGAUUCCAAACGAACAAGCUCUUGCUCAACUUCUGAUGGUCCAGAACCCGAAUCCCCAGCAGCACAACGGUCAUCCUGUACCUCUACCCGCAGGUUUCGACGAAAUGCUACUGUCGCUCACGAAUCGGCCCAUAUAUAUGAGAUUACAAGAGUUCGUAUCGUAUGCCGGCGGCGAUAUCGUUCCUUCUGGUGCACGCGGACCACAGCCGCUGUCCUUUUAUGAAGAUGCCGAGGGAGAUGAAGAGGAAGAAGAGGAAGAAGACAUGGACGAUUCGCCCGUUCCCGAGAUCACCGACCAGCGGCUACUCGAAGAGUUCGACCAGGGCCUACAGAAUGCCUAUUUCCCUGAUGGCGUCACGGAGGAAUCCUUCAAGGGAACGUACGAUGGCACUGGCAUGCGUAUGAUUUGCGGUGGGAAGGAGUACGUCUACCAUAAACUGGGAGGUACACAGCACGAUCCUGAUUCGUGUGUUGGGUGUGCGAUGAGGGAGAAGCAGGCGAUGCCUGCGUGGUCGGAGGAGGAGCAUCCGGCGGAUAUGGUCCCUCUGCCUCCUUGUACGGGCGUGCAGGACGUGAUUGUGACAGGCUCGACGGAUGAUAGACACGGGCAAGCGUGGAACCCACUAUGUGUACUACGGUCGCGUGCGACGAUGGGAUGGGAUGAUUGGGAUUCUGAGGUGGUUCUUCUAUGGAUAUAUUGUGGGUGGGAAGAACUUUGUGGGAACUGGAGGAUUACGCAUGAGGAUCCGGGGAUGCCGACGGUGACGGAGGAGUGAUUUGAAUAUUGAGUAUUUACUAUAUACCCUGUGAACUUUGGAGACCUGUUGUUGUAAUUUUAUUGUACUGAUUUUGUUUUAAUGCUAUUGAAAGCAUUGGCUAUUUUGUAUCAGCAUAAUCUGGAUGGCAAGCUG